AGUCAAACACGACGCUUCGCGGACAUCGUGCGCGCACGGCGUCGGAAAUCCUCUCUCUCCUGACGAUUCCGCGAUAGAGCAGUACCGAAACGUUGUCGGCGCAUUCCGUCCGUUGAAUUCGCUCGCGUCUUUCGCGCCACUCCCGCGUACGAGUGCGUCUUCUUGUUCUCGCGUCCGGUCGGUGAAAACGCGACCCGAAAUGACAGCAUCACGCAUCGUCAAAUAGCGACUUCUCGCGGCAACACAACAGUUACGAAUCGCCCUUUACAGUUCCAGACACGUUAAUGUGCAAUUGUCACAGCAUAAAUACAUACUGCUCUCCACAGAAGCAAGAAGAUCAAUUUAAACGGUACGAUUAAUCUGAAAAUACAUCACACCGAAACAAAGAAGCCUUCAAAAGGAACCGUGUGAAAUUGUCUUCGUCAAUACGGUACUGUCGGUAUUUAUAGAAAAAAAUGAAUGAAUUGAAGAAACGAAUCGACAGCGCAGGUGCCGGAGAAAUACUAUAAUACUACCGGGAGGCACUGGUGUAAGAACACUCCGUGACUUUCAUUGCUUGUCCAGGGAAACAUUUCCUAUUUUAACAGAUGCUAGAAUCACUUGUGAAAAUACUGCGCGAUAAAUCUUCUAAGCACUAAGUACACGGCUCUGUGUCACAUUAAAUUAGCUGUAUGGACUACUCAGAAACACAGCGCUGAUGAAGUAUUCGGCCACCAAGAUGUGAUUUCAGAUGAACGUACCACGUGCCAUUGGGGGAAACAUUUUUACCAGAGCUUGACCAGAAAGCAGGAAACUUUGAAGAAGUUGCGUCAUCUAGAAAUAAAACAUGCAACACUCUUGUUUCUAGGGGAUAAAAAACUGAUGUGCAUCUCUGUGGGACGUGAUUCAAAUUGCCGAUUCUGCAGGAACAGGAUCUCAGCGUUUCACCAAAACGAUAAAAAAGUUACAGUGGUGUAUAAACUUGAUUCUUAACUGUUAAACGAUGUCUUUUGGCUCCUAGCUUUUACGAUUGUCGAACCGUGGACGCUACACUGCAGAUGUGUGACAGGUGUAUCGUUGAUUGGAAAGCGCAUGCAACAGAUGUUCAAGUUUGCUCGUUCCGCCACUACUGAAACGAACAUAUAGCAUUGGAGGGACUGAGCGGGAAGUGGUUGGAUAAUGUAUAUUUAAAUCUGUUGGAAUAACUACGAUAAGCUAAUCUUGUGCAUCGGCUGAAACAGGAAAUAAUCCAGAUGCGAUUACACCCAAAACCGAUAUGCUCCUAUUUCAUUCUACGUGUGUAAUAAUAGUCAAUUUGUGUGGGCCAUAGCUAUGACUACAUAGGCUGAAAUGUUCGAAAAAGGUCAGCUGAAAAGUACUGUGAUGAGGCUACUAUAGUGCCAGGAGGAUUUCGCAAACUUCUGUCAUCCAUUUUCAUAGACCCAUCAGAGAGAGAAUAGUUUGUGGAAUGCUGUUAAAAAGAUGAGUGGGUAACGUGUAUUGUCAGGAUGCUAUUUGUGUGAAGUUAGGAGCUCUUUGGACGUUUACUGGUGAUCGACGAGAAGAAGGAUUUAUGGCUAGAGUUAAGUAAAUAAAUCGCCUACCAGACGAAAUUAGGUCGUACGCUUCGGAGAUAGAUGGGUCAUUACAGUGGAGAAUAAAUACAGUACUAUCGAUCUUGGCUGAAACUGAAAACUAGUUGAGAUUUCACUAUAGUCAAACAGAAACGUCGCCGUCUCUUACUGUACGUGUAACACUUGUCAAUUUAUGUGGCUCAGAUCAUGAGGUGGUCGUAAGAAAGUUUUAAAACAAAAUUUCAUUCAUUUGGGCCAUACAUCGAGACGAGCUGAAAACGGCCGUGUUGACAGCAUUAUAGUGAUAGGAGGGAUUGCAACAGUUAUUUCAUUAUUUAUAGUGAUAGCUUCAUGUUGGAAUGACACCAGUUCGAUGAUAUUUUUGUUAAACAGAUGAGUGGAUAAACGUUUUAGCACCGAGGUUAUCUGUUUGCAGUUCUGAGCAUCCUGUUUAAUAACAUUCCGUGGGGUUAAAGAGAAGAAGGUUGUGCUAAGUGAAAUAUAUUCCAAAGUCGAAGGAGAUGAAUCGUUCUGGUGCACAGUAGUUGCCGGACAUUGAAGUUCAGUGCUCCAAUUUUACCACUGUGACAAUGUUCACCAAUGUGCACGCCCAAGAAGUGGAGGACGAAGAGGCACAGCACAGAAGAAAGGAGCAACAGCCGUCUCCAUCCAGACAGAGACGUGGCAGCUCCAAGAGCCCGUCCUCCAGGAGUCCGUCGGGACACGACAGGUGCCGGGAGCAGAACUGCGAAGAAUGCCACUCUUGCUGCCCCGAGGGCGACCAGUGCUGCUGCAGGAGCCAGGAAGAGCCUGGGAACUCCAAGGAGAAGGGCAGGUCUUCGGGGUCCAGGCGGGGUUCUGUGGCACACAAGAGGAAGAGCGUCAGGAGGGGCAGCGAGUCCCUGAAGCUCCCCGACGGAGCUGCGAUCGAGCGGAGGUUGGCGAGAACGCCCAGUCCGAGAGCGGUCGGCGCUGCCGGGCUCGAGGACGAGUUCGGAGUAGUGUCCAGCCGGCGUCGCAGCAGCUCCCUCAAGAUCGAGACCGAAGGCAAGUUGAGCGUGGCUCCCGCGGGGUCGGGUAACCGCAGGCGGAGCAGUUCGCUCAAGAGCGACGGGGAGGCGAGGCGCGGCGGCGAGGAAGAGCCCGUCCGCAGGGACCGCAGGAAGUCGUCGCUGUACGGCGGCUACCUCAGCCCCAACGACGCCCUCUCCUUCAGCGACGGAGUGGACGAGGCGGGCCGGCGCAGCCGGAGGAACUCCUCGCGCAAGAGCAGCGACAGCUCCUCGUUCCGAACGGACGCCGACGGACACCUGCUGUGCCCCGACCAGAGCCCCAGCCCGCAGCACUGCGUAAGCACAGACGCCGCCUUCGACGCCUCGAGGAGGGACUCCCGCAGGAGCGUCAGGUCCUUCAACGAAGAAGUCGGGGAGGUCCGCAGGAAGAACUCGAGGCGGUCCGACGAGGGCCGCGGGCUGUCCCGGACGCCGAGCCCCCGGCACGGGUCCGGGAAGCGCUCCGGCAGCCCGCGGUCAGCCGUCGCGGCGGGGCUGGACCCGUUCGCCUCCCGCGUCUGCUUCUACGUCGACGACUGCGUCAUCGACGACGCGCCCCCGGAGGCGCUGCCGCAGCCCCGGCCGGCCGGGGCUCGCCACGGCCGGCGCGCGACCUCCAUGAGGGACCCUGGCGGGGCCCGGCGCUACGCCACCAAGCUGAGCAGGCACGCCAGUGACGUGACGCCGGCCCAGCGAAACCGCGCGGGCAGCGUGAGGCGGACCCAGCGCGGCAGCCUCAUGCUGCCCGGGGCGGGGCCGGGGGGCGGCGUCGGCGUCGGCGCCAGGACGCCCCCGGAGGAGCUGCCGCCCAAGGAGCGCCGCCGGCGCACCAUCGUCAUGAUCGUGGGCGCCACCUUCAUGUUCCUGCUCGCCUGCAGCGUGCUCGUCGUCGUCGUCACACUGACGCACCACUCCUUCCGUCACCCGCCCGUCGACGACGCAGUUCGCAAAGAGAACGAGGAGUACUUGAGCGCCAUAGGCAGGGACGACUCAGGGCUGUCCAGUGCGGGCCAAAACGUCACGUCUGGCCCCCCGCCGUUGCUGUUGGACAACCCGUGAGGACCUGCGCAACCUGCCAAGCAGAACACUGCCGCCUCCCGACAGUUCUCCCAAAAGCCGGUGAUGUAAGUGCGGGGAUUAGAAUGCUUUCGAGUCUCACAGCCAGACCACUAACAAGGUUUUGCCUCCUGCUGAACACCAAACCCACAGACAGUCUGGUUUUCCAUUUGUGAAAGUGAAAUUUGAACCAUUGCAGGUGCUAUGAUUAUCAGUUUCUAUUAACAUGACACAGACAGUGUGGCAGGUAUUAUAAAAAAAGAAAAGGAAAAGAGAUCCCAUAUCUUGGCUAACUGUUGUUUACUUCUUUGAUUUGUUAAGCAAUGCACUAAUCACAGCAGAAUGCCAAAGUUAUAAAUUGUACGAGGUGAAGUGAGAUAUUAUGCUUGAUAUCAUUACAGCCUACUAUAAACUAGUGAUUGCUUCUCCCAUGUGAUGAAAAUGCGGUCAAUGAAGAAACCUACAUUAUUCCAGUGGGCAGUGGGUCAUUGAUGUUUAGUAUGCUUGAGAGCUGUUCUUUGUACAUGCAGUUAGUGAUCAACACAGUGUUGCUCAUGAAAAAUGACAUCUUAGGCAUGUAUUGACCUAACGAAAACUCCUAGUUAUGAGCAAAAUAUGUCUUUAAAUAUAAUUAAUUCCAAAUGCAGUCAUUUGAACUUAUUACUCACUGAGGCAAGAAUUCUUCUAAGGUUUGAGAUGGAUCUAGAUACUCCUGUUAGUUUUGUAAUCAGUGACAACUGGCUUUGUCGAAACUUAUUACCAGUCAAUAACUGUUACGUGUUCAGAUAAUGAAUUUACACAUUUGUCUAUCUGGCAUGGCAGUUGACAAUAUUUUUCCCUUUCUGCUGUGGUGGGGGUGACUUGUUCUCUCUUGCCUCUAGUCAAGAGGACCAACUGUCAUGGUCUUAAAUAGUCCUUGAUUGGCAUAUGUAAUCCUUACUUUGUGCUAUCAGUGUCACUAGAUCUAUCAAAGGAACAUAAACAGUUCACUUCAUUUUUCUGUCUCUUCUCAGCCUUGAGAACCCAGUUCCAUGCACCACUAAGAUUAUAUAGCCAUUGGCCUGAUUGAAGUGAUUCUCACACAUUCUAAUUUCUCUUGCUUCUUUUGCAACAGAAACCCAGCCUGUAGAAGUACAGGGGUCAAGAUUUUAAUUUCUCAAAUUUUGUUCAGCCUUUGGUGUUCCUCACAGCAGUCUGAAAAGGUUUGGCUGGAUUCACCAGUGUAGUUACAGGGGUACUACACAUCACAGAGACCCUGAGGCAACCUGUCCAUAAUAUUUUGUUUAUCCUUUUGGGCCCUAGGACAAUGCCUAUUUUGCUAUUUGGAGAACCAUGCAGAGGAAGGAGCACCAUAAGUAGUUUAUCCCGAUUGUUCAGUGUCAUUUCUCAAUGUCCCAGCUUUAUAUCACUUGAUCCUUAGUUUUGGAAUCCAAGUGGUUCUUAUCACAAACAAUUGCAGCUCUUUUUAUCAUUGUUUUUGAAACACCUAUCUUCUGAACUGGAUGGUCCGAAACCCUGCACCCUGAGACAUAUGCGAGAGUGUGGUGGCUUGUGAUACACACGUUGGCCCAUCUGAUUUUCAUUUUACCAAAACAUCUAAGAUUGGCAACCUUCCUUCUCUCACAGUUGACAUGAAGUUGAUCACCGCAAAUGUUGAAACCUUGAGGCUUUGCUCAAAUCUGAAGAUACUGUUUUGAGUAACUUUGUUCUCACUCAAAAAAAAUUUUUGCAUCACAAUAUUUAAAAAUACUGUUUAGCAUAUAUAAAGGAAACUUUGUCGCCAUUGUGAAGGAACUAUCCUAUCGCUAGUUCCAGGCUACCUGAUGUGUGUCGCACAAAAAGAAGCAGCUAUUAAAGUGUAGCAUACUACUCACCAUGUGUCACAACAUGAGAGAGAGCAAAUUAUAAUAUAUAUUUCUAUAAACCUUCAAAAUACUUUCAUUCUGUAACAAUAUGUUGUCUUCUCAAGUAAAAAUAUUUAAUUUACAGCCAAACACACAUUUCUUACAUCCCUCUAACAAUAUUCAUACUAAAAAAAACUUUAAUCUAAUUUCUUCUGCACAUGUAAAGCCACUGGCUCAGUGCUGCAGUAAAUAUUAUUUACAUGGCUCAGCAAAGCAGUUUCUGGUUAGUUCCCCAUCUAAAAAUUAGUUAUCUCACACAACCUCCCAAAUGCACAAACAGUAUUCAAAGUUGAAAUACAUACUGAAUUGCAUGUUAUUUAUGUGAACUCUACAUCAAAAUAGAAACAUUAUACAUUGGGCCUGCCAUAACCUUGAAACACAGCCUCCCUCCCAAACAUGUUGUGCCUCCUUAAUUUCACCUCUUAUGGAAAAUUGCUCCCUGGCUUAUGUUUCCCCUUUGAAAACAACCAAUGGACAGUGCAAAUACAUAAGGCAGCUGGUAGGAGCCACACUUUCCUAUGUACUAGAAGAGUGUAUGAAAUUUGGCUUCUUGUUAGAUACAUUCUUCUGCAGCAGAAAUGAGGUAUUGCCUUCUUGCUAACUUGUCACUACUCGAACAGCAUUUUCUUAUAGUGGCUUUGGAUAACAGCUCAUAUUUUUAUAAGUUCUAAUCUUACUUUCUAUCAUAAAUGUGUAUUGAUGAUUCCUAGUGUGACUGGGUGAAACAAAAUAAAAGUCUCAUUUCAUUGACUUUUACUUUUUUCUUUGGUUUCUACAAAAUCACAGGUUCUAAAAAACUUGUCUAUUAAGCACUGCUUCAUAAAAUGCAGUCAAACAUAUGCUCCCAACAUAAAGGAACUUGCAGACCACACAGAAGACCUGACAAUUUAGUUUGAUUUUGGAGCAGAACAACUGGUGUUGGCAGUAAAAAUUUGUAUAAUUUUGGUGUGGAACAACCUUACUUACCUUCUAUUGUUGUGACAGAAAUACUAAUAAACAGUUGACAUCUGUUAUACUGUACUUUGUGCAAAGAAGUUUAUUUCUACUGUGUCUGCUAGGAUGCCAUUGUAUAUCAAUGAACAAUAUAAACCACAUAAAAGUAGAUGAGAACAACAGGGUUUAGGAGCAUACUUGGCACAACCAUUGUAGUGCAAGUGCUUCUGCUGUGAUUAACAUUGAGUGAAUGAUAAUAAGACCAUGGUCAGUACUGGAGCCUGCAAGAUAUUGGUAAUUACUUGCACUUGGCGGUCGUUCCCUGAAAGUACCUUAUCUUGCUACUGCCCUUCUGCAAUAAUAUAAAAAUGUAAUAGAGUGUCUUCCAGUGUAGAGCCUCUUGUAGAAUUUUAACAUUUGAAAGUAGUUCCUAGAACAUGUUUCAGUAUUCAGGUUGCAAAAGAAAUUUUAGGAGCAUCUGUCAAUAUUUUCAAUUGUAUAACUAUGUUGAAAUGUACAUACGUGUUGUUCAACAGUAUUCAGUUUGUAAAUAUUUCAAGAGAGAUGCUCUUUUUAAUUUAUUAAAUGCCAUAUCAGUAAAGUGGCAAUCUAUGGGAUCAAAUUGAGGCAAAUGCUCUGAAUACUUGAAUGUUACUUCCAAUUGGUCAGAGAAAUGCCGUUCUGCAUGGUACAGUUUUAAUGUUGAAACUGAUAAGGCCUACAGAUGCACUAUUGGUUAUUUAUACUAAACAAAAGCCUUAGAACAAAAUGAAUAGCAUUGAAUGUAAACACAAUUUGAAAGAGGUUUUGUUUUAAUGGUUGAGUGCUGGCACCGAAUGCAUUGACUUGUUUAGUAACAGAGUUUGUAACCUUCGAGUUUU